AUGGAGACUGAGAGCGUGCGGUCCGAGGUGAGCAGCCGGUCCCGGCGCAGUUCAAGACAUCGUCAACACACGCAUAGAAGCACUCGGAGUUCAAAAUCUCAGAGAAAGGAGUCUGAUAAUAUGAUGGCGCCGUUUCAAACGAGUGUUAAUAUCAACCCUGAAACGGGGAGAGACGGCCAGGAAGUUAUUGAAGUACAAAUAUUACCGCAGGAUGAGAACUGGGGCGAGAACACUACAGCGGUCACCGGAAAUACCUCGGAAGGCUCUCAAUCCAUGGAGGAUGUCAGCAACUGGCCCAUAGAAGCCGAUAGCGGCUUGGGUUUUGUGUGUUCAAGAUAUUUCUCGACCACAAUAGCUUUAGGAUUAUCGUUGGUCUCAUUCGUGAGUCCGCUAGCCAUGGUUGUGUUACCUAAACUAGGUUUCUUUCCAGGUUUAACCGAUAACCUGGCAUUACAGCCGAGUCAGAGGAUUCAAUUAUUAUCGUGUACCGCAGAAUGCAAGGGCAUAUUGCUGUCUUUAGCGUUUAAAUUAGUUUUACUGGCGAUAGCUGUUUGGGCUGUAUUUCUACGGCCACGGAACGCGAUUCUGCCGAGGAUAUUCGUAUUCCGCGCCAUGAUGCUAGUUAUUUUGGCGGUCUGUUCGUUUUCCUAUUGGCUGUUCUAUUUCGUCCAAAUUACUGAAGCGUCCAAAGCGUUGACUGUCGGCGAAGAAGCCAUGGACUAUACUUCUCUGGUUUCGUAUUCGUCAAGUUUUUCUGAUACGCUACUGUUCAUACAUUACGCUGCGGUCGUGUUGAUGGAAAUAAGGCAUCUGGAGCCUGUGUAUUACGUGAAGGUUGUGAGAAGUCCAGACGGCGAAAGUAGAUCCUACGCCAUCGGACAAUUGAGCAUUCAAAGAGCAGCUGUUUGGGUCCUACAGAAGUAUUACACGGAGUUUCCUAUAUACAACCCGUACCUGGAGAAGAUUCCCAUAUCAAAAUCGCAGAGGAAAGGUCAAGGCAGUAUAAAGUUCUAUGAAGUGGAUUCUAAUACAAAUGCGCCGUCAGGGCAAACGAGAUCGGCGAGUGGUUCCGUAUCAGGUCGACGUAAUUCUCACAACGAGCGUUACUAUGAAGAGGCUGAACGAGCUCGAAGAGUGAGGAAGCGAAGGGCCAGGUUACACUCAGCGGCUGAAGAUGCUUUUGCUCACGUACGACGAGUGAGGCUCACGGCUGCUGGAGGUGGAGCCCUGGGACCUCGUGAGGCGGCCCAAGCAGUAUUCCCAUCACUAGCGAGGGCGUUACAAAAGUACCUCCGAGCAACGAGACAACAACCAAGACAUUCAGCUGACUCGGUGUUAGCACAUUUGGCUCGCUGUCUCUCCCAAGAUGCAUCACCCCGAGCCUUUCUCGAACCAUUUCUAGUUGAAGGUCCUGUAUUAUCAGCAGAACAGGAGUCAAGAACCCUCCAACGCUGGGCCCUAGUAUCUGAUGACCUCCUCGCAAGACCAUUAGCUGACGGAGUUGAAUUCCAACUAAGACAGGGAGACGUUUCAUUGAUAUGUACAAUCAAGAGUUUACCUAGGUUUAGUUUAUCAGAGGAAGUGGUUGAUCCAAAAAGCAAUAGAUUUGUAUUGCGGCUUAAUUCAGAGACAUCUGUUUGA